AUGCAGGACGCUCACCUGAGCUGCCAGUCACCGACUGAGAAGUGGAGCAGUGCUUCUUCCGCAGACUCAACUGAGAAGUCAGCCUCUGGGGCAGGCACCAGAAAUCUGCCUUUUCAGUUCUGUCUCCAGCAGGCUUUGAAGAUGAAGGCUGCGGGCAUUCUGACCCUCAUUGGCUGCCUGGUCACAGGCGCCGAGUCCAAAAUCUACACUCGCUGCAAACUGGCAAAAAUAUUCUCGAGGGCUGGCCUGGACAAUUACUGGGGCUUCAGCCUUGGAAACUGGAUCUGCAUGGCGUAUUACGAGAGCGGCUACAACACCACGGCCCAGAGGGUCCUGGAUGACGGCAGCAUCGACUACGGCAUCUUCCAGAUCAACAGCUUCGCGUGGUGCAGACGCGGAAAGCUGAAGGAGAACAACCACUGCCACGUCGCCUGCUCAGCCUUGAUCACUGAUGACCUCACAGAUGCGAUUAUCUGUGCCAGGAAAAUUGUUAAAGAGACACGAGGAAUGAACUAUUGGCAAGGCUGGAAGAAACACUGUGAAGGGAGAGACCUGUCCAACUGGAAAAAAGGCUGUGAGGUUUCCUAA